GGAUGACGUUAUUGAGAAUAAAGGAAUUUUAAAAAGAACAACUGAAUAUAAUGUUAGCCAUGCUAAAGGUGCAAAUCUAGAUUUAUGUAAAGAUGCAAAUAGGGCAGUUUAUAAGAGUAGAUCAAGAUCUAUUUCUAAGAGUCAAUGUAUCUUGUGUGUGGUAAGCGCAAUUUCUUUAAUUACAAAAAUUGUCAGUUCAAUUUUGACAAAAUCUAUGGAAGCUCGUGGUCCAAAUAUACCAAUUGUUGCAUUGCUCAUGGAAGGAUUACGUGACAAAUGUAUAGAACCAGGAAUAACCGAUUAUCUUACUAAACCCCUUAAAACCAAACAACUUGAAACUGUUUUAACAAAAUGGAUUAGUAAUUAUCAAAAAUCAAAAUAA